AUGACCGAUCAUCUUGAAAGGGAUUAUAAAGUGACCGUGAAUUUGAUUUCGGUGCCGGGCCAGGAGGUUCAUUUUCUUAAGAAGCGGCACUAUCUUUUGUCGAGCACAGAGUUGCUGAUUGAAGUGAGCCCAAAACACUUGGAAAAGCUGAAGUCGCUUUGUGGCCAUCCCAAGCACCGAAAAUCACCUCUCCCGUCCGGGCGAUUGCCCACGGAGAAGGAGGACGAUGCACCAUUGUCCCAGGACCAGGCAUUCCGUUUUCGGUCAGCCGUGGGAGUGCUGCUCUACUUGCAGUCUGAUCUUCCGCAUGCCAUGCGCAGCAUUCGCCACUUGUCAGGUUUCAUGUCGUCCCCGACCGUUGGGGCAUGGGCAAUCCUGCGACACUUGGUUGGUUACUUGAGUGCCACUGAGGGGUACUGUGCAUGCCUCACAGCCGGUGGCAUCGCAAAUUGCGUGCAAGUGCAACGCCCACGGAUCAACGUCAUCGAGACAAUCAGUGAUGCUGACUGGGGUGGAUGCCGAUCCACCCGACGCUCUGUUUCUUCAUCUGUGAUCCUUUGCAACAGCAAGUUCAUCCAUGCAGCGUCCAAAACGCAAAAGUCGAUCGUGCUAUCCAGUGCGGAAUCUGAGUUUGGUGCUGCGGUAUCAGCCGCGAUAGAUGGGACCUUUGUUGCAAGCAUGAUGCGGUUUGUGUCCCCAGAGCCAACGACACCGCCCCUCCUCAUGAUAGACAAUUCCGCGGCGCUCGCGAUCCUACAACGCGCCGGGGUCGGGCGCGUGCGCCAUCUUGACGUGAAGUUGCUGUGGACGCAACAGAGAGUUGCAGAAGGCCUGCUGGAGGUGCUACCGGCACCCACGCGUACAAACGUCGCGGACAUUGGCACGAAGCUCCUUGGAGUGCAGCGCGCAGAGUUCCUGCUUGGGUUGGUGAUUGGUGAUGCAAUCUUGAAUACCGAGCACAAUGUCCAGGCCAUUCGCAAUGUGUGCAAGGAUCUGUCAAAGAUCGCAAAAGGUGAUGCCACAGCCAAUACCGCCCGCAUCCUCAGCGUUAUCUUGAUUGCCAUGCAGGCGACAGGCAGUUUGGGUGCGGAGGAUGGCAAUGAUGCCAAUGAUGACGACGCGACUUUGAGCUUUUUUGAAGCCUUUCUUGAAUCCUUAGUGCAGAUCGCCGGCUAUGCAUCCGCGGUGUAUGAAGCAUACCCUUCAACAUGUGUUGCGGUUUGCCAGUGCGUUGCAAUCACUGCAUUCUUGAUGUGCGCGUUUAUGUGUUGCGGCCGCCGGGUCACAGAUGCUCCUGAGGCAUCCGUUCAGGUGCGCGUUGGGAGUGGAGUUGCAGUUGAUUCAGUUGAUGUCAAGACAGCCCGCGUUGCAGAGCCGAAGGCCAAAGCAGUUGUGCAGGUGCGUGGAGCGCGGCCCAAGACCGCGAGCAAGCCAGUGUGUGAUGAUGACGAUGAGCGAGCCCAGAGUGGGCCCAGAGUCCUGGUGCACAUGAGGCGCAGGCUGGCAG